AUGUCAAUCCUGGACUGGCUUGACGAUACCAAGAACCCAACCCUUUGGAUCAUUGCCAUAUACCCCCUGAUGAUAGUCCUCCUCGGCCUUGUGUGUCAGUUCAGAAUGACUCACUUGGUUGAAAGCAUCCCUCUUGCACCGGAUGAAGAGCCGAAGAAGACAGAAGAAAGCGAACGUCCCACUCCCGACGACACCUCUAUGGAGUAUGACUUAAUAUCCUCAACAACUGCGGAUAGUUCGAUGAAAAAGGCGGAGACUGCGAAACCAAUUGGCACCACCAUCAAGCAGCCCGAACCUCGAGUUCCCUCCCCAAGCGAGGAACCUUCGAGGCACCAGAACGUCAAGCACAAACCAACAGUCUCUCCCCAUCAUCACUGGGAAUUUGUCAAAGGCAUUCUAUUGUACUGCCUCCAAGAACUUCUAGCGCACCGAGUAGGAGUUCUGGUUGCUAGGCAAGUACAAGAGAAGCACCGCCUUCUGGACAUUUUAGUAGGGUUUCUGGCAAUGUCGGUGGUCACGGUGAUGCUACUAAUGUCCCAGGCGUAUGUGAGCAAUGCCAGAUUCCUGACACUCCGAGGAUACCGAACCAGUCAAGACGUCAAAUUUUCCAGUGAUCGAGAUGGUCCUUUGGCCAAUUUCUUCGCCAUUGCGUUCCUUUCGUUGGCGGUGCCAUGGCUGAGACUUCUCUAUGGCGUCUUUAUAUGGUGGAGCGUGAGAGGAAAGACUGGAUGUUGA